UCUUACUUUCAUGAUAGAUGCAAUGGCGGGUAUCCUGCUGCGGCCUGGCAGUUUUACAAGGACGAAGGCAUCGUUACCGGUGGCCUGUAUGGCACCGAGGAUGGCUGUCAGCCUUACUACUUCCCGCCCUGCGAGCACCACACCGUGGGACCACUGCCGCCGUGCACAGCAACCAAACCAACGCCAAAGUGCGUGCAAACCUGUCGAAAAGGCUACGAGAAGAGCUACACUGAGGACAAACACUUUGCUAGAAAGGUAUACUCAAUACGGAGCCGCGACGAGACCCAGAUCAAGACUGAAAUAUACAAGAACGGUCCUGUGGAAGCACUCUUCACUGUCUACGCAGACUUCCUGUCGUACAAGAGCGGCGUCUACCAGAGGCACAGCGAGGAGUCUGUGGGAGGUCACGCGAUUCGCAUAAUAGGGUGGGGCACUGAGAACGGCGUCCCGUACUGGCUUGCGACAAACUCCUGGAACGAGGACUGGGGAGACAAAGGCUACUUCAAGAUCCGCCGUGGAAAUGACGAAUGCGGAAUUGAGGAUCAGAUUGACGCCGGCAUUCCCAAGGAGCCCAAGGCAUAGUCAACAGAAUGGACGUGGCUUGUAAACAUUAAUAAAACGUCACGUUAUGAA